CAGACUCUCUCUCCUCAAGUCGGCGAGCGAGCGAGAAAGAUUUCACUUGAGCCUGCGCUUUUUUCAUCUGCCAGAUUUUUAUAGAAUGGGUAAAGAGAAGGUUCACAUCAACAUUGUGGUCAUUGGCCAUGUCGACUCUGGCAAGUCAACCACUACUGGACACUUGAUCUAUAAGCUUGGUGGUAUUGACAAGCGUGUCAUUGAAAGGUUCGAAAAGGAGGCAGCUGAGAUGAACAAGAGGUCAUUCAAGUAUGCUUGGGUGCUUGACAAGCUUAAGGCUGAGCGGGAACGUGGUAUUACCAUUGAUAUUGCCCUUUGGAAGUUUGAGACCACCAAGUAUUACUGCACGGUUAUUGAUGCCCCUGGACACAGGGAUUUCAUUAAGAAUAUGAUCACUGGUACCUCACAGGCUGACUGUGCUGUCCUCAUUAUCGACUCCACCACUGGUGGUUUUGAAGCUGGUAUUUCCAAGGAUGGUCAGACCCGUGAGCAUGCUUUGCUUGCUUUCACCCUUGGUGUCAAGCAGAUGAUUUGCUGCUGCAACAAGAUGGAUGCCACAACCCCAAAGUACUCUAAGGCAAGGUAUGAUGAAAUUGUAAAGGAAGUCUCUUCCUACCUGAAGAAGGUUGGAUACAAUCCUGACAAGAUCCCAUUUGUACCCAUCUCUGGUUUCGAGGGAGACAAUAUGAUUGAGAGGUCAACAAAUCUUGACUGGUACAAGGGCCCAACCCUCCUUGAUGCUCUGGACAUGAUCUCUGAGCCUAAGAGACCCACAGACAAACCCCUUCGUCUUCCACUUCAGGAUGUGUACAAAAUUGGAGGUAUUGGAACUGUGCCAGUGGGACGUGUUGAGACUGGUUUAAUCAAGCCUGGUAUGGUUGUGACCUUUGGACCAACUGGUCUGACAACUGAAGUUAAGUCUGUUGAGAUGCAUCAUGAAGCUCUUCAGGAGGCCCUGCCAGGUGACAAUGUUGGUUUCAACGUGAAGAAUGUUGCUGUCAAGGAUCUCAAGCGAGGAUAUGUUGCUUCCAACUCUAAGGAUGACCCUGCAAAAGGGGCUGCCAGCUUCACCUCUCAGGUCAUUAUCAUGAACCAUCCUGGCCAGAUUGGAAAUGGCUAUGCUCCAGUCCUUGACUGCCACACUUCCCAUAUUGCUGUCAAGUUCGCUGAGCUCUUGACCAAGAUUGACAGACGAUCUGGCAAGGAGCUUGAGAAGGAACCCAAGUUCUUGAAGAAUGGUGAUGCUGGUAUGGUGAAGAUGAUUCCCACCAAACCCAUGGUGGUGGAGACUUUCUCUGAGUACCCACCUCUUGGUCGUUUUGCUGUGAGGGACAUGCGCCAAACUGUUGCUGUUGGUGUCAUCAAGAGUGUCGACAAGAAAGACCCCACUGGUGCCAAGGUCACCAAGGCCGCAGCUAAGAAGGGUGUCAAGUGAAUUGUGUUUUGAAUGAAAUUUUCUAUGAACAGUUUAAUUUCUGUUAUUUGCUUUAGCUAUUUCUGUACUUGUUUUGGCCAUUUAAGCAGUUUUGAGUAUGGUUUUGAGAGCUUUCAUCACCGCACUCUAGCCUUACUUGUGAGGAUAGUGGGAGGAAUUGAACAAUUUGGUGCGAACCAGAUUGUUUGAUGGGCAGUGGUGGAAGUUCCAGUGGCCAUUUCUUGUUUCGACUUCAUAACCUUGAGGUGAGUUGGUAAUUUGUGGUCGGUAAACAAUUUCAGUUUGUUAUGAACUUAAAAGAGCGUUUUUAAUUGUGUCAUCUCCUUAUCUCUUGC